CUAAGAGCCUGAAGAAUGGACAGAGGGAAAACGAAACUUAAAGGGAAUAAAAGGCUGGACAUACAAGGAGCAACACACAGACAGAAUCUUGACGGAAGGAUGGCUUCGGCCAAACCGAGACCAAGGCUUGGAGACCUGAUUGAGAUUUCUCGCUUUGGCUAUGAGCACUGGGCCGUCUAUGUGGGAAAUGGCUAUGUGGUCCACCUGGGUCUCUCAGAGGAAAUCGUGGGAGCUGCUGCCUCCAGCAUCAUGUCCACCCUGACUGACAAGGCCAUAGUGAAGAAGGAACUGCUGUGUGAUGUGGCCGGGAGGGACAGGUACCAGGUCAAUAACAAACACGAUGGCAAAUACCAGCCGCUGCCUCCCAACAAAAUUGUCCAGCAGGCAGAGAUGCUUGUGGGGCAGGAGUGGCCGUAUUCGCUGACCAGCGAGAACUGUGAGCACUUUGUGAACAAGCUGCGCUACGGAGUCGCCUGCAGUGACCAGGUCACUGAUUUGUUCACGACAGUGGGUGUCACAGCAGGUGUCCUAGGACUGGGCCUGGGUGCUGCAGUCCUCUUCGGGAUGCUGAGGUCCAGAAGCAAGCGAGAAAAGCAGUAAGACCAAGGAAUUGCCCUGACAGCAACCAGUUUUAUGAAGAAUUCUGGCUUAGCCAGCAGGCGUGGAAUUUGGUUUAUUGAUUUCCCUCUGUUUUGUAAUCAUUUAGGAUUAUUUUAAUGGAGCUAAAUAAAAGCACGGGAAGAUUUUAUUUGGGGAAAUGCAGCUUAGUGUGAAUUUUAUUAAAGACAAAGUUGGGCUCUGUUAUGAACUGAAUGUUUGUGUCCCCCCCA